ACACCUCUCAGCACCAAUUAAUUAACCACAUCUGUUUGCCUUCAAGAGAGAAGAUAUGGGGCUGAGAGUUGGCCCAAGUUUGAUGAUAAGAGCUGCCGCUGUGCUCCUGCUUGCUUCCUUUACGAGAACAGCAAUGACUGCAAGGAUAAUCGUGGGCGACGAAGCACAUUGGACCUUCGGUUAUAACUACACGGACUGGGCUAUCAGAAGGGCUCCUUUCUAUCAAAAUGAUACCCUGGUGUUCAUGUACGACGCUCCCAACAGCACCACCUUCCCGCACAACGUGUACCUGAUGAAGAAUUACCGAAGAUACCUGGCGUGCAAUCUGAAGAACGCGACGCUUCUGGCAAACGUCGUCCAAGGCGUCGGCAGCGGGUUUGAGUACGUGUUGAGGAAUAGGAAGCCGCGCUACUUUGUGUGCGGCGAGCACGAUGGCCUUCACUGCACCGCUGGCAUGAUGAAGUUCGCAGUGCACCCCUUGAAGCGUUGCCACGCCGCUUGAUCAAAGAAGAUGUGACAUUAGAAAUAAGAAGGAAUAAGAAAUGGCUAGGGAUAAAGUUUGGUUGUUUACAUUGGUAGUGUUUCUUAUACUUAAUUAUAUUCCUCUCAUGUUAGUGAUGGAAAAUAAAUUACGGAUCAGUCUAUAAUUGAUUAAGGGAUGGAUUGAGUUUUUUCUUCA